ACGACCACACGUUACAAUCCGCAUUGAGUCUGCCGAACCGGAAGUGAAUCAUAUUGCCAGCAUGGGGGCGUGUCCAAACAAUGACGUAGUACGUCCCAUUCCCUAUUGUAUGAAACGCCUCUCGACUUGUCUUUAAGAUGCGACAAAUCACUACUGACAGGAGGCCAACGCAAUCCCAAACAUCAAGUCAAAGAGUAGAACGUGGAAAAUGAUGAGAGGAAAUCCGGUCACGACGAACAACUGAAAGAAAAAAUGAAGAGUCCCGCAGACGUCACUGUAAAAAAUCUUCACCCUGAGAAGCACGAUUCCCUCCACGUCAAACAGAAGGAGGAGUCCGACAUGCCGUGGAUCAAACAGGAGGCGGAGCCAGAGACCCCUGACAUUAAAGAAGAAAAACAGGAAGUUGAAAUCCUCAAGUUUCCAAUGGGUGUCAGUGUAAAGAGCGAAGAAGACAAGGGUCCAUGCGAUGACAGCGGAGCAGUGAAACCUUCGCGCGACGGCUCAUUUCAGCACUUGACAACAAAAGGAGAGCAACCGGACGGCCUCUUAGCUCCGCUUUCGGACAGCGAUGACAUAACGUCACAUUCUUCUGACUUUAAUACUGAUGAGGAGGUGGAUGACUUUGACCAAAAUGCUUCAAAAUCCUUAGAAAAGUCACCAUUGAAAAGAGACGCAAAAGAAGGCGCGGUUGGGAAACCUUUUUCCUGCUCACGUUGUGAUAAAACAUUUCCUUGGAAAUCCAACUUAAAGGCACACAUGCGUACUCACACUGGAGAGAAACCUUUUGCCUGCACAGUUUGUGAUCAAAAAUACUCCACAAAGGCAAAUUUAAACAUUCACACAAGAAUGCACACUGGAGAGAAGCCUUAUGCCUGCACACUUUGUGGUAAACGAUUCACUCAGAAGGGACAAUUAGUUUUGCACACAAGAAACCACACUGGAGAGAAGCCUUUUGCCUGCACAUGUUGUGGUAAACAAUUCGCUCAGAAGGGGCAAUUAGUAGUGCACAAAAGAAACCAGACUGGAGAGAAACCUUUUGCCUGCACAGUUUGUGAUAAAAAAUACUCUACAAAGGCAAAUUUAAACAUUCACACAAGAAUACACACUGGAGAGAAGCCUUUUGUCUGCACACUUUGUGGUAAAGGAUUCACUCAGAAGGGACAAUUAGUAUUCCACACAAGAACCCACACUGGAGAGAAGCCUUUUGCCUGCACACUUUGUGGUAAAAAAUUCACUCAGAAGCAGGAUUUAGAAAGGCACAAGCGUUUACACACUGGAGAGAAGCCUUUUGUCUGCACAUGUUGUGGUAAAAGAUUCACUCGGAAGGGACAUUUAGUAUUGCACACAAGAAACCACACUGGAGAGAAGCCUUUUGCAUGCACACUUUGUGGUAAAAGAUUCACUCAGAAGCAGGAUUUAGAAAGGCACAAGCAUAUACACACUGGAGAAAAGCCUUUUAUCUGCUCACUUUGUGGUAAAAGAUUCACUCAGAAGGGACAAUUAGUGGUGCACACAAGAAACCACACUGGAGAGAAGCCUUUUGCCUGCACACAUUGUGGUAAAAGAUUCACUGUGAAGGAUAGUUUAAAUAAACACACAAGAACACACACUGGAGAGAAGCCUUUUGCCUGCACACUUUGUGGUAAAAGAUUCAUCGCGAAGGAUGGUUUAAAGAAACACAGAAGAACACACACUGAGGAGAAGCCUUAUGCCUGCACACUUUGUGAUAAAAAAUACUUUGCGAAGGCAGAUUUAAACAUUCACACAAGAACACACACUGGAGAGAAGCCUUUUGCCUGCACACUUUGUGAUAAAAAAUACUCCACAAGGGCAAAUUUGAACAUUCACACAAGAACACAGAGCACUGCAGACACUCCACCGAGAACGUUACUUGAACACAGAAAAAAGCUUUAAAAAGAAGAAAGCCGUCUGUGUGCCGCUAAACUGCCACAUAACCCCCCCUCCCACUGUUCCUCUUUGACCUGGGUGCGUGGUGAGGAAUUUGAGGACAUCUGGUGGUGGUAAACACGGUUUUACCUUAUUAAACCAUGUUCGACCAAAUUGUGAAAAUUCUCACACCAGGUUUAUUGUUGGGAUUUUUAAAAAACUAAUUAAUACGUGAUUUUCUCUUUUUAUUUUCUACUUUUAUAUUUGGUAAUUCCAUUUCUAUGUAUUUUGCGGUAAAAUUGUUUUUGGAUAGUUCCCGCUAGUCACCCUUGUUAAGUGUUCUGUGUUCUCUCUCUCUUCACAACGUUAUAUAAGUAUAACACCAUUUACCAUUUAUUGAUAAAGAAAUGAAAGCUUUAAAAAUAAAAGCCACCAGAGGAUCCGAUUUUUUUUUUAAUUUAAGAUUUAUAUUACAUUAUGUAGACAUGCCUCAGAAGGAAAGUAGGUUGAGGGAUUAAAAAAAAAAAAGAUGGAUUAGGCUGUUAACGUAGUCGAUCUCUCAUCAGCUGGGGAAAGAACCUAAUCAGUAAGGAUGGCACAAUUUGCAAGGAUAUUCAGGUAUAAAAUCCAACAAUUAUAAACACAAUUACAAUGUUAUUGUUCUAUAAUAUUUUAUGUUAUUAUUUAAUUACCUGGUGCCAGAGUUGGUAAAUGGUGUUCUACUUGUAUAGCGCUUUUCCACCUUUCAAGGCGCUCAAAGCGCUUUUCACUACAUCACCAUCCACCUACUGGUGACGCAGCACCAGGAGCAAUGUGGGGUUCAGUAUCUUGCUCAAGGAUACUUAGGCGAGUUCAUCAGGGCAGAGAAUCGAACCCACAACCUCUGGGUUGGGGGACAACUACUCUACCACUGAGCCACACCACCCCAGUUGUCAAAUAUGGAUAAUAAUGAAAUAAUAGUUUUGAAAAAGUUGUGCUCAGGGUGGCUCAGUGAACAUCUGAUGUGGUUUGUGCUCAGAUGAACAAGUUAAGGACGUUUUGAUAUAGAGGUUGAAGGAAGAAAAGAGGCAAAGACUGACUGAGUCACAGCCACAAAGUGUUGAUGACAGUGUUGAUUUCUAUUCAAUUUUCAACCUUCCCAAUUAAAGUCUGUCACAGUCACAGCCAAUUAUACUGCAAAGCUGGUUAAAGUGGAAGUUAUGUUGUUCUAAGGGGUAUUCAUGUUCAUGUGCCCCUUUUGAUCUUUGAGCACCUGCCCUUUUAUCGGCCUUAGAAACAUGUAAUAACAUGUUGAAAAUGAUAAGUAACGUCAGUUACUUUGCUGAGUAACUAAUUACUCUUACAAUAAGGUAACUGAGUUAGCAACUCAAUUACCUUUUGGGAAAAGAAAUUGGCAGCUAUUUUUUUAAAAGUAAGAUUAACAACACUGGUCUGGACAAAGGGGGGGGGGGGGUUAGUGGCCAAAACUGUCAUUGCAUAUACGUACAACCCCUAGCAAAAAGUAUGGAAUCACCAGUCACGGACGAGCUCACUUACACAUUUUAUUAUGUAGAACAAACUCUGAUAAAAAGCUUGAAAAAAUAAUGUAUUAGUUCAAAGGUGCAACUCCUUGGCAUUCAGAAACACUACAAGAAAUGAAUAAAAAACAUUGAGACACUGCUGCUUUGUUUUACAUCAUUUCUUUUGCUUCAAACGCUUCCAUGUUUGGUGGAGCGGACGUCAUCGCCGUGCGGGGCAGACGGAUUGCGUGCUUGCACU